AUGAGCCAAGAGCGCGAGCAAAAUGCGGUAUGGCCUCAGGACAUGCAAGAUGAAGCCAUGGUCGCCGGCGUCGGCAACGAUGACUUCACAAAAUUCCUGAACUUGGACAAUGAGUUUCAAAACUUCUCCUCCAUGGAGAAUGGGCAUUCCGGUCUCGACACCCCGAUGGGACGCUUGGGCUUUGGCAACAGUGCGCUCGACCUGACAUACAGCGAGUCCGAGCCGAUGAACGUGAAUAUGCCAUGUAGCACCGACUCAAUGGGCUUCCAGAACCCCGCCGCGACGGAUCAGCGAUAUGGGCAGUAUCAACAGUAUCAGCAGAUGCAGAUGGUACCGCAGUAUCAUAUCCCUCCUACGCCCGUGAGCGGGGAAAUGCAUGCGGCAAAGUACGCCUCGCAUAUGGGUAACAAUGGGCAAAUCAUCUUCGAUCAUCAGCAGUUGUCGUUCACUCCAUUGGUCUCCCCUGCGCAAACACCGUUGGACGGUGGCUUCUCUAUGGCUGAUUACGGUCUUUCCGAUGAUUUCUUCAGCCCCUUGACGUCUCCUGCCAUCGAGGCCCAAGGGGGUUUCAGCUCUACGGCGACCACCGCUUCGCCAAUCGACCUGGGCGAAUCCGGAGCCAUGGGCCAGCCGACAAUGGCCGGGACAAAGCGAACCCGUCGCAAGGCUGGCAGCGCUACCCGUACACCCGCUCGAAGUGUAAAGCAGUCUCCAGCGCUGAAAGCCCACCCCCGUCGACGCCAUCCAUCCUUGAAUUCGCUACGCCUGGAUAAGAUGGCGGGCCUUCCCUCGCAAGGUUCUCAGGCAGCAGGCUCACACCUGUCAGCCCCGAACAGUGCUGUGCUUCGUCCGGCUGAUGACUCGGUUUCCCCCGAAUCAUUGUCAGAAGGUGCCAUGGGGCCGCCGCCUUUGCCUCAUAUGGGGAAGUCCCCACAACCCGACAUGACGCCCCAUGGCGUCGCUUCCAACAAUCCAGUCACGCCCGCGACGCUGAUGAGGAUGCCUGGUGAUUCUUCAAUGACAACGAAGCACUUGGAGGUACAUGGCUCAACGACAGCUGCUGAGGAACCUUUGGAGGAUAUUAUGUUGCCGGAUGCCGCUGCUCCAAGCGUGCCGCAAUCUUUGUCCACGAUCGAUAACAGCAAGAAUGGUGACGACAGUGAGAACACGCCAACCAUUUCGGCCAAGUCAGCGAAAUUGAGUGCCGCAAGUACUCCUAGAGGGACACUCGCCAAGGGCAAUUCACAGGACACGUUUACAAGACCGGGGAAGGUGGAGAGCCGGGGGUCAGGUCGCGCCAACAAGAAGAGACAAAGCACUUCUUCCGCGACGAUAUCUCCCGCCAUACGUCCUAAGAUCUCACCAAACAUCAACCCUUUAGCUCCUGCACCAGGUCCAGGAAUGGCACAUCUGUCACCAGAAACCAGCGCAUUGUAUCUCGCAUCCAAAUCAAACUACCAGAACAUACUGGAGGGCACGCAUUUACCUGGUGUUUCUUACCCAGAGACCUUGGCUGAAAAUCUCACCUCCAAACGAACAUCGCAUAAACUUGCCGAACAGGGGCGACGAAACCGCAUCAACCUUGCAUUGAAGGAGAUCGAAGCACUUCUGCCUGCGUCAAUUCUGGCCGCACAAUCGAAGAAGGAUAGAGCGGGUUCCCAGGACAACGACGAGGGAGAAAGCAAGCCUACCCCGUCCGGUCAAGGAGCGAGUAAAGCCAGCACGGUGGAAAUGGCGAUUGUCUACAUCAAGAGCUUACAGACCGAACUCAAGGACAUCAAGGACAAAUUAGAGGCGGCGGAGAAGAAGCUUGCCGAGGGAGCAAGCAGCAGUGGGGAAAGCGCUUCAGACGGAUAA